UGCUGGUAAGGAAUAUAGUAUUUGGUAUUGGUUUCUGUGGUUUAUUGAUCUGAGGGUCUUGUGCUUUGGUCUUAGGAGGCUCAGAGCACUGUGGUAGAAAAUAGCUAGCCUUGCCGUGUUGUCUUUGUUGUCAUUUUGCUUAGAUGGGACUGAGCUCCUGUGCUGCCUUGUAGCAGCAAAGCUUCGGCACUGUACGGAUUUAAGACACUGUGUGUUGUAAGUUCUUUCUAAACAGCACAAGGUACUAAAGUCAACAGUGGAACUUUUUGUUGCUUUAAGCUCAUUUCAUUUCUGUUUGCACUGUGAUGUAGUGUCUAAAUCGCUAGCUCUGUUAGCACCGUGAGCUCUGGCCAGAUUUCUGUGUAUUGCAUGCAAACCCUGGCUACAAUUCAAUUCUGUCACUUUGCAGCUAAAGCAGUUUCUUUGCAUGUGUUGUGAUGCAGUGUAGUACAUAAGAGUCCUUUCUUAAAGUGCUGUCCUCAAACAACAACUUCUGUCUGAUUGCACUGAAGUAAAGCUGGGCAGUUAGUGUGUGCACGUGCCUGCAGCAUUGCAGAGAACAAAUCAGAGUGUGUAUGAGUGUGUGUUUGUGUGGACUAGUUUGUCUGUAGCAGUGCAGGCAGGGUCACAGAGGACCCAUUGAUCAAACGUGCACAUCCACACGCACACGUUCACACACACACACAGCUUCUCAAUACACAAUGAGGCCUCUCCGGAGCGCUGUCCUCUGCCGCCUCCUCCCUGCCCCCUUCUCUCUGGCCCUGCGCAGCCUGGUCCUGGUCCUGCUCUGCAUCACUCCUCAUUGUCAAGCGGUGCAGGCGGAGAAUGUGACAGUCUUGGAGGGAGGUACAGCCCAGAUCUCCUGCCGCCUGCAGAACUACGAUGGAUCAAUUGUGGUCAUCCAGAAUCCCCGCCGGCAGACCCUUUUCUUCAACGGCACGCGAGCCCUGAAGGACGACCGUUUCCAGAUGGUGCUCUUCACGCCGCGGCUGGUGCGCAUCACGUUGACUAACGUGAGCGUGUUUGACGAGGGCGGUUACUUCUGCCAGCUCUACACGGACGCAACGCACCAUCAGGUGGCGACGCUUUCUGUUUUGGUGCCGCCGGAGCCGCCCACGGUGGAGGUGAAGCAGGAGGCCGUGGAAGGCGGCGAGGUAGAGCUCACCUGUGUGUCGCCACGCAGCAAGCCGACCGCCACCCUGCGCUGGACCCGUAAUGGCCGGGAGAUACCAGGUGUGGUAUCCCAGCAGGACAACGGGAAGACAUUCAGCGUCUCCAGCACCAUCCGGAUCCCGGUAGAAAGGAAAGACAAUGGGGCAGCACUGAACUGCGAAGCGUUCCACCCAGCACUGAGUGGACAGAGGAGGAUUCGGCACUACCGCCUGGAUGUGUAUUUUGCACCCACAGUGAGAAUUGUUCCUCCUUCUGGCAUUUUGCGAGAGGGUGACUCGCUUACUCUCACCUGCUCCGUCACUGGAAAUCCUCUGCCCAGGACCAUUCAGUGGUCCAAGAUAAAUGACACUUUACCUGAAAGGGCAGAGAUUUCUGGCCCCACCCUCCAGAUUUCCCGCCUCAGCCAGUCACACAACGGGACAUACUUGUGCCAGGCCCAGAACAACUUUGGACGCGCUGCUGAUCAUUAUACCCUACUGGUGUAUGAUAAUGUGUCAGUCACUACCACGGUCCCUUCCACUCCCACUUCCACCCAACCAAUCACCUCCCAUCCUGCCACCCCAACCCUCCUAACAUCUACCUUGGCAUGGGACCCGAAAGAUCCCGGUGCAGUGGUAGAGACUCACAGUGCAGUACCAUAUGCAGUGAUAGGCGGCGUUCUGGCACUGCUGGUUUUCACUGUCAUCUGUGUCCUCAUUGUCACCAUCUGGUGCUCUGUUCGGCAGAAAGGUUCCUAUCUUACCCAUGAGGCCAGUGGGUUGGAUGAACAUGGUGAGGUGCAGGAGGCCUUCCUCAAUGGGAAUGACGCCAGCCAGGGCAAGAAGGAAUACCUACUGUAGCCCUUCUCCUUCCCUAUCCCCUUCUCUUCUGACCUCAACCCUCCAUCCCUUCUUCUCCCUGUCUCCCUCCUUAUAUACAGUAUACACACGCACACACACACACAAACAAACAAACUACACUUCUAUACAACACGCCAUAACAGGCGGCCUUCUGAAAACGACUGUAUACAGAUACUGCACACAACCAGUCCCUCCUGCUCCAUUCCACCCCAUAUCCUCCAUAUACACACAUAAACCCAGAGCCAGACUGAGAAAAAGAGAGCCUAUAGACCCACCAGCCAUUAACGACUGUGCCAUAUACUGUAAAUCAGAGAAACUGGGGAAAAUGGGGAGAGCGAGAGAAAGGGGACGGGGGGGGGGGGGUGAGGUGUAUGUAGGCAAUAACGAAAUUAUGCCAUAAUUAUUUUGAUCGAGAGGGAAGCGGAGAGCACACAAAAACUGGCAUUCUGCAUGUGCAGCUGCCAAAGUGGAAGGGGAAUUAGAGGCAGAUGACUGCUAUUAUUCCAUGCCUAGAGAAAACCAUCCAUUUCACAAAGAUCAAUCUUUAACUGGCAGAGACAGUGGGAGCAGUGUGUGAGGAGGGAGGGGGAACUGAGGAGAGGAGAGAGUUGACCAGGAGCUAUUGAGCACCCGACGCUAGAAAAUUGAAAUUUUUAAAAAAUGCCUAACCAUCUUGCCUUCAGAGUGCAUCUCAUAUAUAAUUCCCUAAUAACACUGGAAAGUGUAAGCCCAGAGUCCCGCAAAGUAUCCAUUCUUUAUGAACAAGCUAACUGUCCUGUUUGCUAUCCCUGUUGGGUAGUCUGUCCAUUAUCUGUGAAAAAAAAUCAGCUUUUGUGAUUAUUUUUUGCCUCUCGUUGCAGCAGUGAGGGAAAGGUGGUUCACUUUUCUUUUAACUGACUCUCCAUCUCCUUCUUCCUCUCCACUCACCUGUUACCAUCCUCUCCCUUAUAUCUCUCUUUCUCUCCGUUUGUCCCCCUCAAUCGCUCCUCCUUUGUAGGCUCCUAAUAAUGAAAGGAUUAGUGUUGGGCUAUGUUCCCGACAAAGAAGAAAGGAAUAUGACUUGCUAAGGCAUUAAAGAAAAGCUUAAUUAUUUUAGAAUGUCAUUAAGAGGAUAAAAAGGUUUAAAAGUCUUAUUAAGAAGGGCAAGGGGAGCGAUAGCAAAAGGAAUGAAUGGAAAUUUAAAACGGAUGGAUUUUUUUUCUGAAUGCUACCACAUAUGCAGAUACAUGCACACAUUCAUACGUACAGUAAACACGUUGACAGAACAAGUAUACAUAUCUCUGAAUUCCUUAUUUGUAUAAAAAAAAGAACAGCAACAUAAAUUAAAUGAAACUUUUAAGAAAUAAGAAAACAGUUUACUAUUGAAACGCAUUAUGAAGCAACUAUACUAACACAGAAUAUUAGCCUAUAGAGGUGUAAAGCCGAACAAACUACUGUCCAGUGAUCUUUAAAGAAAAUAAAGAAAAGAAUAAAAAAAAAUUGUCUUUAUGAGAAACCAGAGGUCUUAUUGAUUUUUUUAUUAAUUAUUAUUAUUUGAACAAUUAUGAUUGUUGUUACUGUUAUUAUUAUUGCCGUUGUUAUUAUUAUAAUUGUAAAUGUUAAAGAAAUGUACACUUCUCAUGUUUUGUUUUUGGUUCUACUGUAGAGAAAUUGCUGUCUUUUUUCACUCUUUUCCUCUUACCUUUCCUCUCUUUCCCAGUCUUUCUCUCUCUCUUCGUCUCCUGUGCCUAGUUGUCUCCUCUCCUGUCUUUCACUCUUGUUUAUUUUAGAGUCCAUGUGUCAUUGUUGAUAUAUAGCUAACUAUUUCUUUAUAGGGGAAAGAUACAAAGCACGACAAAAUAAAAAAAGAAUUCAAAAAUAA